CGCAGCCUGCGCGCUCUCUCUAUAAAUACGCUCUCUCAGCUUACAGGAGUUCAGUUUAGCGUAGUCUUCCAAAGCUUCCAAAGCUCACUGCCUCUCGCAAGCCACCACACACACACAAAGCAACAUGUCUCUGGAACGCCAAGUCCGCGCCAAGCUCGCUUCUAAGCGCAACCCCGAGCAGGAGAAGGAAUGUCAAGAAUGGAUCGAGUCUGUGUUGGGAGCCAAGUUUCCGCCCAACGAGGCUUUCGAGGAGGUGCUCAAGGACGGCACCGUCCUAUGUCAGCUCAUCAAUAAGUUGAAGCCUGGCUCCGUCCCCAAGAUCAACACCUCUGGAGGACAGUUCAAGAUGAUGGAAAACAUCACUAACUUUCAGGCUGCCAUCAAGGCGUACGGCGUGCCUGACAUCGACGUCUUCCAGACCGUCGAUCUUUGGGAGAAGAAGGACAUCGCUCAGGUUGUCAGCACACUCUUCGCCUUGGGUCGCGAGACCUACAGGCAUUCGGAAUGGAGCGGCCCGUACCUGGGCCCCAAGCCUGCUGACGAGUGCAAGCGCGACUUCUCCGAGGAGGUGCUGAAGGCUGGCCAGACGGUGAUCGGGCUGCAAGCCGGCUCCAACAAGGGCGCCACUCAGGCCGGACAGAAUCUCGGCGCUGGCCGCAAGAUCCUGCUCGGCAAGUGAGCGUCACCCACAACACUACGCAAAGUGAUAUUAUUUUAUAAGAUAUUUUUGUACAAAACUGUGUGUGGACGCUAUUGUGAUUAUUCAUCAGGACUCUGUGAGUCUCGCACGAUACUUGGUGCAGCCUCGUGGAACGUGGAAAGUCUAGUCAUCUGUAGCAUUACUUGGUAUAUAUUACAUGUAUGUACCUUCAUAAUCCGAUUGUAAUCGGAAGUUUGAACCUUAGGUUUUUGUUGGACCUUGUAGCGCCAAAUAAUUUUGUACAUAAGUGUUUAGAAUAAGUAAAUAUAUCUAUCUAUUUCCAUUUAUAACUUUUUAUAAUAAAAACAGUUAUUACAAGUAAAAUAUCUUAUUAUUGAAUACAAUAGUUGUAAGACUACUGUACAUUUUAGUCAUAGCCAUUUUUUAAAGUCUAAAUGCCUUAGUAAAUUAAUUACUUAUAAAUUAAUAAUUAUCCUUCUACAAUUAGUAAUUUUGUCACAAUAAUAUGUGACAAUUUAGCUAUGAUAAAUUGUCGUAAAAAGGUAAUAGCAAAACACCCCAUUAACAUUGCUUGGGAAGUCGUUGCGUGUGAUACACUUCACAUACUUCACAAUAAUGGCCACGACAAUUAUUUAUGUAAAAAAUAAUAUAUUGUUGUUAUUUUUCUAUCAUGGUGUAAGUACAAUGUAAUCUGUCACAAGUUAAAACCAAUUCGGCAUUUUAUGUUUUCCAAUAUUUUAUUUCUUCAACAAAUGUUAGUCAAUAAAUAAUAGUUAAGAUAUAAGUACAUUGGUAUAAACAGAGAAUCGAACUUUUGGAAUAAAAUUACUGAAACAUUU